AAAGUGACAUACUAAAUCAAAUUGUUAGCUGAACGAAACUGAAUUAGUUUCCUGCAUUUGGCAGCCCUGGUUCAAUGGAAUUCGAAAAUAUAAUACCAGCUUUAGCCGCAUUAAGUUUGAGCCUCAGAAGUUUUGCAGUCCAUAGCUGCGCUGGCAUAAAGAAAGAAAAAAGAGAAACGAAUAUAUUAGAAGAGGCUGCUCACGCAGUGCUUUUUGAAUGCAUUGAUGCUAUUUCGGGUGCUGUCGCAGCUAAACUAAAACUAAACUAAACAAUCCGGUUUCCUUGCAUACGCGCGAUGAAGCUUCGCUUUGUGUUCUGCUGAAAAAUAGGAGAAGAGGCAGAAAAGCCAAUCUGCAGCAUUUGACCCAGAGACAACGGAGCGUGCUGAGCUCCUCACUUCGCGGAUCGCGCUUCAGUUGCCAACAGAUACCGCAAUAGGAGAGAUCAAUCCAACAAACAACCAGUUCGAAACAAAAGAAGCUCAACAACAAAGCUCUGUCUGCGUUUGGCUGUGCGUCGUCGUCGUUGUUGUUGUUGUUGUUGGUUAAAUUUUAAGAAAAUUGGAAUUUGUUUAUUUCGAGUAAAAGUAAAGUAAAAGUUGAAGAACCGAAGAGCUGCGCGGCCAACGGCAGAAUUAAAUGCUGAUCGACAGUCGCAGAAGUCAGACACAACGCGACGCGAUACGCGAGUUUUCGUACAGAUCAGACUCAAAUAUGUGGAAGAGUAGGAAUAGCAGAAGCAACAUAAUGCCAGGCCUUAUGCAUGUGUUAAGUGUGCUGCUGCUGCUGGCUGCAGUCUGCCUGCAGCGGGAAGUGGAAAGUGCAGCGUCUACUGCAUCGCCUCGCACUGCGCGCAUAAUGCAGUUCCUGAGGGAGCCCCCACCUAAUUUCCAUGCCAAUCGCCGUGUUGGUGUUGGCCCCGGGCAAGGGCCACGCCUGCGACCAAAUGGAGAAAACUUGAGGCCACCCACUCCCUGGCGACCACCGAUGCCACCGCCAGUGCUCGCUGGACAGCAGCUGCUGCGGCGUGAGUUCAAUGGCAAUUGGCCAUAUGCUGGUAAUGGCGGCAACCGCUUUGCCCACUCCAAGGAUGCGGCGCCUGUGCUGGAUGUGGGCAAGAAUCAGUUUUAUCGGCCCAAGGAGGCGCCACAAUUCAACUACAAUGUCAAUCAGUAUACGCCGAAUUUCAAGGCCUCGCCGCCCCACUACAAUGCGAACAAGGAGCAGCCUCAGAAGUUUCCAGGAUAUGCACCAAUCAAACAAUACGCCAUACCAAUGGAGGCCACCAAAUACGUAGCCAACUAUGCCGAGACACCGACCAAGCAGCCUCAGCAAUUGGCACAAGCUGCCAACGGCUAUGCCGUCUAUGAAGACACAGACAAUGUGAAGAAUGUCGCUCCAUUCGCCAACAACUAUCAGCAGACUUCGCAGCUGUCCAAGGAAGCGGAAAGCUAUUUGCAUUUCAUGAGUACCAAUGAUUAUUUCCUGCCCAGACGCGAGCCCAACUACAAGCAGUUGGACUUGGAGCGUGAUCAAAUCAACUACCAGCAACAGAGACUGGUUCAACAGCAACAGCAGCAACAACAGCAGCAACAGCAACAACAGCAGCAACAACAACAGCAACAACAUCAGCAACAGCUGCUGGAUAGCAGCGUUUCAUCCAGCUAUAACAAGCCUUUGCGAGUCGCAGAUCUCUUCUAUCAGCAGGAUCCUGCACCACAUAGUUCGACUGUGGUGCGCGGCAGCUAUCAAGCAGGACAAAAUGCCUUUGUUGUCAAGUCGGACGGCAAUAAGUCCGUGAAGCAUAUCUUGUCCACUUCGUUGACACCGCGCACCACUCAAGUGCCGCCAGCGUCGACCUACAGUCACGUCAGGCAUGGUUCACAGAAGACAGUGACUCCCGAGCCAGUGAGAUUUGAGUUUACGGAGCAUGAUGCGAUCAGAGGAUCGGCUAGUUAUACGAAUGCGCCACAUGGACAAAAAUAUUACUACGAGACCCACACAGUUGCACCACCACCACAAACGCCCGCUGUGAGCGUGGCGCCCAUACCCGAGAGCUUGCCACCCGUGAAGGAGGAGCCCAAGGAGAGCGCCGAAUAUGUCAACCAGGACCCUGGCUAUAAGCCAGCGCCAACAGCGUUUUCACCCGAACCACCAGCCGAGAGCCAACAGGACAAUGAUGCUCAUUGUGAGAAAAUUUGUGCGAAAGUCUAUGAUGAAAAUGAUGAAAUAGUUUGUGGCUCUGACGGAUAUAUGUAUACGGGAGAAACUCAAUUGGAGUGUUAUUCGACAUGUCUAAAUAUCAAGGUGUCGAUAAAGAGCAAAGGGUCAUGUGCUUAAGUGUACAAUUUAAAUGAAUUCGAUUUAUUUAUUUGUUUAGCUGUAAUAUUUAUUUUAAAGUAAGGUUAUUUAUUUUUA